UGCUGUCGACCAUUGGUGUCAGCUGGUGGUUUCGUCAGAUGGUAUUGUGAAUCCUAUAAUAUCACAUCGAUCACUGUUCUGAAGAAAACGAUUCAAGAUGAGCGGAGGAAUGCCAGAAUUGGGUUCGAAGAUUAGUUUAAUAUCGAAGGCGGAUAUUCGUUACGAAGGCCGACUUUUUACCGUGGAUCCUCAAGAAUGCACGAUUGCCCUAGCUAAUGUGCGUUCCUUUGGAACUGAGGAUAGAGAGACACAACUUCCUGUAGCACCACAGAAUCAAGUGUAUGAGUACAUUUUGUUCCGUGGUUCAGAUAUUAAAGAUAUUCGGGUGGUGAAUAAUGUUAGUUCUAUUCCAAAUGAUCCAGCCAUUGUGCAGAUGACGGUACAACCGUCUAUGAGCCAGCAGUCAUAUCAACCACAGCCGAGCUAUGCUCACCCAAUGAUGGGCCAGAUGGGUCCAAUGAGUGGACAAUAUGGAACACCCUAUGGCAUGACAAUGGGUACUAUGGGACCGGUAAUGGGAAUGCCCACUGCUGCUAGAGAUCCUCGUGGACCGAUAAAUAAACAGCCAAGUGAGUUGAGCUUGGGCUCUUCUGAACCCAAUGCCAUCUCUAUCCCAAACUCACUACCAAUGGCCAAUGUCGACCCAUUACCAAAAGACCAAUCUCUGGAAGAUGGCGUAUUAGAUCUUAUCAGUGGUUCAAGGUCAACAACUCCAACUUCAUCCUUAUUGACAAGGAAAAGUCCUACAAUGGAUCAGGGUGUUCAGGUAAGUCAUCAGCAACAACAACAACAACAAAGUGGUACUAUUGGAAAACUUGGUGACAAGACGAAUAUGAGAACCAUUCAACCUGCCCGUCGUGAUCAUGAUAGCCAUGCUGCUAACAAACCGGGCGGUGCUAUCACGCAGUACAACGAUGGCAAACGUGAUCCAAUGAAACAGGAUGGUCAGAUGCAAGGUCAAGGUGCCCACCCGCAAGGUGGCAGAGGGAAUCGUGGUGGCUGGAUGAAUCGUGGAAACAUGAGAGGUAGAGGAAGAGGUCGUGGUGGCUUUAGAAAUCAACCUGGUAAUGCUGGUGCCAAACCGAAGAACACAUUGAAGUUCGAUAACGAUUACGAUUUUGAGCAAGCCAACACUGAGUUUGAGGAGUUGAGAUCUCAAUUGGCGAAAACAAAGAUCGAUUCUGGUGCUGAUAACGAGAAGAAGGAUGAUAGCGGCAACGAAACCGGAGCAGGUGAAGGAGAACCUGAGGAGGAGCCAGAGAUAGUUCAUUACGAUAAGUCGAAAUCUUUCUUCGAUAAUAUUAGCUGCGAGGCUGUCGAAAGGAGUAAAGGUGGAUUCCAACGUACAGAUUGGAGGACAGAACGCAAAUUGAACUCUGAAACGUUUGGUGUGGCAUCAACGAGGCGCGGUAGUUUCCGUGGACGCGGAUUUUAUAACCGUGGGAUGGGAGGCAUGUAUCGAGGUGGUGGUGGUGCCGGCGGUUUCCGUGGAGGUUACAGAGGCUCCAGAGGAGGUAACCGUAAGCCGGCAAACCAACAACAACAGAGCAACCCGGGCAGUCAAAGCCAGCGCACGACCAACGAACAAUCCGCUCCCCAGUCGCAGCAGAACAGUCGCGUGGUAUCUUUUUGAACGAGCCGACGCGGUCACUAACUAUCUAUAAGUAUUCACUCUAGAUUAAGAUUUUUACUAUAUGUGCUCUGCCCUUACGGACUGACUUGAAUUGAAUUCAACUUUCAUGAAGGAUUCAAUGAUUCACGGUAAACAAUAGAGAGAAGACAAAAGAAAGGAGAGAAUGAACCAUGAAUUGUGGGUGGUAGGGGUGGGGAGAGGGGGGGGGGGGGCGCAAACAAAAGGUGAAAAAUAAAAGUUCUCUGAGAGAACUUUAUUAAGGAUAAUUUUUUUUGUAUCACCACGCAGGAGUAUGAACACUGUAGCGAAUUAAAAAGCUCGGAUGCUCGGGGCGGAGACCUGCGUUUGAAAUUUCUCGACAAAUAAAUAAUGAACCUUAUUGUUACAUAAGUAGUUAAUUUCGAAAACUCGAUAUUCAAGAGCCAUUAUGUCCUACGAGUUACGAAAUCGUCGAAUGCUUGAUAAAUGUAAACGAGUACAAUAACACAUGCUGGACGGUAGAAUGUUCGCGGAAACAAUAAUCACAAAGGCAACCUGAUUUGUCACGGCAUCCUCAGUUUACGGGCUCGUUCCGGGCCCGCACACUAUUAUUCGGAACACGAGAAGCAUGCAAACUACAUGAGAUCACGGGAUGAGAGAACGCUAUGAAUCUCAACGGGACUUUCUUUUUUUUUCUUGAACACAACGUGGCGGAUGCAUGUGAAUAUAUACUGCGAGAGGUACGAGUGUUCGGGGUAAACGAUUUCCAGGGGCGGGUAGACGGAUGAACUAAUUAGAAAACUGACUAAUUCUUUGUGUUUUGCGUACACGUCGAUGAUUCGACACGAGGCGGAAUACAAAUUAGCAGGGAUCGAGAAGAAUGAACAUGUGGAACAUGCGUUUAAUCGCAGACUAGGAAGUAGGACAAUACAUUAUGGUUAUUUCGAGCAGUCAGAACUUUAUUUAUUUAAGAUGAUGACGCGAAUCAAGGUGAAAUCAUUAUUCUUUACUCGUACGUUUUAUACAGCGGGUUUUGAUUUUCGAACAAGCAAAGGGGAAAAAUAGAAAGAUUGAUUUUGUAUGGUUGAUAUAUAUAGUAGGUAGGCACACGCGCGCGAUGCUGAAUCGUACAUCGAUUUAUUGACUAUUAGGUUUUUUUUGAGACAUUGAACAGAUGGUAUGUUAGUGUUAAGUGAACAAUGUGAGCGAGAGCGCGCGCGGAUACCUUCUUGUAGUUCGACUGCGUUAGCUAGCUUCGGAUCCCUCGAAGAGGUCGUUUUUGAUGUACGAAGACGCUGCGUAAAGCUCGCUGAUAGCGUUUUUUGAGGGUAAAACUCUAAAAAGAGCAGAAGGAGGAGGAGAAGAAGCAUGAUAAUGUCCUUAAACGUAUAAGACGCGAGAAAAAAAAAAGAAAGGCAGAAUAGGUAUAUUAUUUGCGACUGUUAUUUUCUUAUGGCUCGCAUGGAGUCCCAGCGUAUACUGGUAUAUACAUACAUAACAAUGAGAUUUAGUUACAUGUAAGUCGAAGAGGAACCUCCAUAACCAGUAAAUGUUGCAAGGUAAAGUUACAAAAACAAAAAAAUAAAAGAAUAAACGCGUAAUAAUGUGUAAUGAUAAGUAAAAAUAGGAACGAGGAAUAUGGGGGAUAAGAAACAAAAAAAAGAAAAUAUAACUUUUAAGUUUUAUGCAUUGCGUGUGUAAAGAAUGCACGGUGUAUGCGGUUUUCCGAUGAUAAAUUUUUGUUUUGUACAGCGGAUAUUGUGAUUCCCAAUGCUGAAAUAAUACUGAGAUAAUAAAAAGAAAAGGAACGUUUA